AUGGCAGACAACGCACUCAAGCUCUCCAACGACCAAUACUCGACCCUCCUCCAGGCCUUCGGCUACCCCGCUGCCGGCUGCUUCUUCACCAACUUUACCAAGGAAGCCGCUGUGAAGUGUCGUUCAGUGAACGGCAGUCCGGGCCUCGCACCUAACAAAUCGGCAAACGCCCAGAUCUGGUUCUGCCGCCUGUCGUCGAACGCGACGGCCGCAGACACAGAUAUCCUCGUGGCCAAACUCCCAGCCUCAUCCCACCGCUGCUUUACCGCUAGUGGAGGACGACGCGCCGCGGCACUAUACCUCCUCCCCCUCCUUGCUGCUUUGCUACCAGUUUUGCUCGUCUGA